AAUCAUAUUGAAGUUAUUCACCCGCCAUUGAUCAGAUGGCUACAUUGUGGAAGUUGACCAGCAUGCGUGGUGCCUUGAACCGCGGCGGCCUUGCGCUGGCACAGACGGCGGUGACGGCGUUCGCCGCGACAGGCGAUACGGCUCUGGUGGCCAAUCCGAGCGAGGACUUUGACUAUGACUACGUGCUGGACUGUCAACCCACGGCGAACAAGAGCGGCCUGGCACUGGCGCUGUCCAAUUGCAAGAUUCAACUGCGCAGUCUCGAGACGCUGGGGUUGAUGCACGAGUUCCACGCGCACAACAGCACCAUUAACGAGGUGUGGACGUCUCCGUCCUCACCUUUCCAGCUAGCUACAUGCUCUAGUGACGAGUGCGUUAAGCUCUGGGACACACGCACGGCGCUGCCGGCCAUGGUGCUGCCGGUCGGACGAGAGGUCUGGAGUCUGUCCAUUGGCUGCGGCGAGACGCUGUUGGCCACAGGCACAGACGAACUCGCGCUGUUCUACGACGUGCGCACGGGCAAUAAGCUCGGCCAAUACGGUGAGAGCCACGUGGACGCCAUCACGAAGGUGCGGUUCCACCCGACGCAACCGGCAUUCGUUGUCACGGCGUCCGAGGACGGCGUCGUGUGCUUCUUUGAUUGCCGCAUACCGGACGAGGACGACGCGCUCGAGAGUAUCAUCAAUGUUGAGAGUGCCGUCACCACCGUCGGCUUCUUCGGUCCGCAGAAAGAGAAUAUCUUCUGUCUCACAGGCACCGAGACGCUCGACCUGUGGAACCUCUGGACGGCCGAACGGCUGCACCACUACGACACAAUCCGCGACGACUGCAACAAGAACGGUCUGGCCACCGACUAUUUAAUCGACUGCGUGUACGACGACCAGUCUAACGAGCUGUUCCUGCUUGCCGGCAACCACGACGGCGACAUGAACGCCGUCACCAUCGGCACGGACGCCGCCUCAGCCGGCAAGUUACAGCACGCGGCGGCACUCAAGGGCGGUCACAAGGCCUGUGUGCGAUGCAUAUACUACGACCCAGAGAACACCACGCUGUACACUGGAGGAGAGGACACGCGUCUCUGCAAGUGGUCGGUGCCCGGCGCGGCUGAGACUACGGACGGCUACUCAUCCUCGAGUUCCUCCAGGAGAGCGACGGGCACUGACCCCGCAGGCAUCCGGAAGGCGCGCAAAGCCUCCCGUCCGUACUAGAUAGAAUCGAGUAGAAAUGCAAUAUUCUUGCUGCAGAUAAUCUCUUGGUGUAUCGUGUGUAGUCGGAAGGAGAUGACGCAGUUUCACGCCCAAGUUGUUUAUUAGGCUCCGACAAGACAAGAAUACGAGCGUAUGGCGGUUUCUUGCUAUUUUCUGCAUUGAUCUCUGCUGG